AUGACGACACGUAUCCCUCAUCUUCUCGAGCCCUACCUGGCCCUCCCGCCAGAACAUAGCAGUGUCCUCCUCACGAACGUCUUGGGCGCCACCACGAACUGGCUCAUUCUGCGCUAUCUUUACUCCCACCUGCAAAAGAAGACACGCCAGUCCCAAGAAUUAGCUGAAGAGACAGGCGAGACCAAUGUCGUGCUCGUCAGCUUUAUGCGAGACUUCACGUUUUGGAAAGACGGCGCAGGCAAGCUAGGCUUGGACCUUGAGUCCCUGGCUCGCGCCGGUCGUUUCGCCUUCGUCGACGGUCUAACAAAUCUCUUCACACCGCUCCCAGUAGACGGCGCCCGCAAGGGCUUCCGCACCCUCCGCGGCCCCAAACUCUCAGACCUGCGCAAUGAGCUACUGGGUGCCGUGGCCGAUGUAGCGGGAGGCCGCGGCGCCAACCCUGCGAAGACUAUAGUCAUCGUCGACCAGCCGGACCUCCUUCUUGCUGCAACGGCGGACCUCACGGAGGGGCCUGAUGCCGUGACGGAGCUUGCGCUACGUGGUGUGCUUCUGGACGUCCAGGAGAAGGUACACGCGUCGGUCAUGGCCGUAGCAGCGGACGAACCGCUCAUCGCUGCGCAGGGCACAGGACUGGAGAGGGGACACGCCGGGUUCGUGCUGGCGCUGGCGCACACGGCUGAGAUCGUGGUGAGCUUGAGAUUGCUGGACACCGGGGGCGCGAGUGACGUGAGCGGUGUUAUGAGGAUCACGGGCGGUGGAGGAGAUGACGGCAUAGAUCGGGAGGUUGAAGAGGCGGAAUUCCUCUACUUCGUGGGAGGGGACGGGAGCGUCAAAGUCUUCCACAGAGGGCAAUGA